AUGGAUGUAUGGGCAGAGAAGGAAAGUUUGCUACAGAAAAGCUCAAGUUGUGCAAUAGACUUCAAAGAUCUAUGGAUUAAUGUGAGAAGGAAAUUAGCAGAUCUAAUGAAGGGGAUUUGGUUUAGGAGGAAUCAGUUCUGUUUUGAGAAUAGAUUCACUAGUCCAAGGUUAGUUGUGGGGUCUGCUCUAGAAAGUAUGAAAACUUACAAGAAAGCACAAGACCUCAAAGAUGAGCAAAAGCUACUGGGAAGGGCACGAAUUUCAUCCCAUUAUUGGAGGCCACCAGCCACAAAUAUAGUGAAAGUAAAUUUUGAUGCUGCAGUCGAUAAAAACUAUCAGAAAAUUGGUAAUGGAGUGGUGAUGAGAGAUUGGGAAGGGGAGCUCUUGCAUAAGGACUGGCUUUAUGGAAAGCUAUGGAGGCAUUAUGGAGUGGGGUGUCGCAAAGUUGUUUUGGAGGGUGAUGCUUUGAUGGUGAUUAAAGCAGUUCAAAGUGAAGAGCAGUGCCUUGCCUGGUAUGGUCAACUUGUGGAAGGCUUGCAACAGGUAGUAACAGCAUAUCCAGACUGGUCGUUAAGUUUUAAUCCAAGGGAAGGAAAUUAUGUAGCCCAUCAGUUAGCAAAGUUGGCUUUGUUGUUGCAAGAAGCUGAGAGAAUAUGGGUGGAGGAUUGUCCUGAGUCUAUUUUCUCUUUUGUAUUGAAGGAUAAAUGUUGUAUUUUACCUGAUUAA